AAUUGAUAAAUGAUAAUAUAUAAUAUAUAAUAUAUUAUUAUUUUAUUAAUAUUAAAAUUUAAAAGUUCUACCUUUAAUAAAGUGAAAGUGAUUGACUCUCUCGCCAAACCCUUUCCUUCUCAGUUCUCACUCGUGACUCACUCUCUCUCACCACACUCACCUUCUUCUCUCUCAUUUUCUUUCUGCCAUAGCCAUAGUUUAGGGCUUCAAAGUUCAAACUUCAAACAUAGUUUCAAUCCAUCCAUUGCCCCGCCCCCGACCCCCAAUCUCACUCACCCAGUCACUCUUACUCUCACUCUCUUCUUCUCUCGUCUCUCCAUCUGAAACUCUUUUCUCAUCAUCAACAUCAAUCAAGCACCAUCUUCCAUUUUCAGAUUUAAGGUUUAAAACUGUGUCAAGACUCUGCCAAGAACACUCGACCUAUAUCUGACUCUAAGCACAACCCAAAUUGGUUUAAGUAUAAAUUAUUUCUAGCAAUAUGGAUAAUGAGAAAAAUGUGGAGGAGAUGAUUGAUGACUUGACCACUACAGAAACUAAUUUGUCUAGUUCUGAUGGGGAUAAACCAGUGAAAGAAAGAAGAAAAGGGAAUGUAAGGAAGAAUAGAAAUGAUCGUCAAAUGCAAGACAAGAACAAGAGCAAGGACAAUGACAAAGACAAGGAGAAAGACAAAGAAAAAGAGGGAUGUGAAAAUGAAAAAGGGAAUGGAAGACCGGAAAAGAAGCAAAGAAUUGGAAAGAAAACAUCUAGUGUUUGGGAUCAUUACACUUUGUUGCCAGAUUGUGAUCCCGGGAAGCCAAGGGCUGCUUGCAAUUAUUGUGGUACCGAUUAUGCGGCAGAUACAAAGUUGAACAGGACCAGCACAUUAUGGGCGCAUGUGGAGAGAAAAUGUAAAAAAUGUCCUUUUAGUGACUGGGCUGAACAAAAUAAAAGGCAACAAUCUACUCUCGACAGAUUUACUAAAAAGAAAACAAUAACUUGCAAUGAAGAAGAAGUUGCUUCAAGUGGGCUGCCAUUAAGAUUUAAUCAAAACCUAGUUCGGAAAGCAAUAGCUGAAUAUAUCAUCGUGGAUGAGUUACCUUUUCGGCACAUUGAUGGAAAAGGAUUUCAAAAGCUUAUCAGACUUUUUUUUUGACGAUUUCCAAUUCCCAUCAAGGUUCACUGUGGCGAGAGAUAUUUAUCAAUUAUUUUUGGAUCGAAAAAAAGAACUAAAGGCAAUAUUGGCACAACAUAGACUAUCGCUGACAACCGAUUGUUGGACAUCAAUCCAAAAUAUUUCUUAUUUGUGCUUGACUGCACAUUGGGUUGAUGAUAACUGGAAAAUGCAGAAGAGAAUUAUCAACUUUAUUCAGGUUCCUAGCCAUAAAGGGGACCUUGUGGGAA